AACAUGGAAGAGGAUUUGCCUACAGAAUUUGAUUUAAUAGUAAUCGGAACGGGUCUAACGGAAUCCAUCGUAGCGGCCGCUGCUAGUCGUAUCGGUAAAACGGUGUUACAUUUGGACACCAACGAUUAUUACGGUGGCUAUUGGGCAUCAUUCAAUUUGGAAUCUUUUCGCAAAUAUCUCCACUCCACGAGUGAUAGUUCCACGGAUUCCGCUCCAAUUGUCGAACCGAUCAAUAAUAAUUUUCUUCGACUAAACUCAUUACCGACGAGUGUUCGAAAUGGGUGUGAGCGUUGGUACGAGUUUACGGAGAAGGGCGAAGUGGACGGUUGGAACCGGGAACGGAUCGAGCAAGAGUUUCGUCGCUUCAACAUAGAUCUUGCCCCAAAGCUACUGUAUGCCCGUGGAACCAUGGUGGAUCUGUUGAUUUCGUCCAACAUAUGCCGGUACGCCGAGUUUCGAGCGCUGGACAGAGUGGCCACCGUAUGGGAAGGGCGCAUAAUGACGGUGCCAUGCUCCAGAUCGGAUGUUUUUACCAGCAAAGAUGUAAAUGUGAUUGAAAAACGACUGCUGAUGAAGUUCCUGCAGAGCUGUGCAUCGUACGAAGCGGAUGCCGAAGCGCAGGGAGAGUUAGAGGGAAAAACAUUUCUGGAACACUUGCAAGCACACAAACUGACGCCAAACCUCAUCCACUACGUACUGUGCGCAAUAGCGAUGGGAAACGAUCGUACGCCGUGCCGUGAUGGGGUAGCUGCUGUUAAAAAGUUCCUGAUGAGUCUUGGCCACUAUGGAAACAGUCCGUUCCUUUUUCCGGUGUAUGGGUGUGGCGAAAUACCGCAAUGUUUCUGUCGACUGUGUGCCGUUUUUGGGGGAAUUUACUGUCUAAACAAGGCUGUCGAAGGCAUUCAGAUGGAAAAGUGUAACGAAGGGUUGAAAUACGAAUCGGUGAAAUGUGGUAAACAGAACAUCAGCUCGAAGCAUGUGGUCGUGGGACAAGGUUAUCUACCGCGCACGGUAUUCAACACGAGCACACCGACGGAAGGUGAAAAAGCUAAGCCAUGUGGAAAUUUGGCACGCGCCGUGAUAUUAACAAACGUGCCUUUCGGUGGUGCAUCACAGAAUCCGGGUGGUGGUGGGGUGGCAGUAUUGAAACUUCCAGCCCUGAGUGACCGGCAGGAUGGUGUCACUAUACUACAGAUGUCUCAUUCCAGUGGAACGUGUCCCAAAGAAAUUUAUCUUAUCCAUGCGACAACGACAGCUAUAAGCCAAAGUCCGGAGGAGGAUCUGAAACCAUACAUUGCACAAAUUCUUAGUAAAGAUUAUCCCAAGCCGGUUAAAACGGAGGAAGAAGACGACAGUAGUACAGUUGGAGAGGGAAAUGUGCAACAAGAAAAUACCACUUCAACCAUACUGUAUGAAGCGUACUUUAACAUUCCCAGCUGCCUUGUAUGCGCUGAAAAGGCAGACGUGUCCCUGCCUGAGGGUGUUCACGUAGUGUGCGGUCCCUACCACGAGCUGGACUACGAUCAAACGAUUCGUCAAGCUACAACAAUGUUCCGCGAAAUUUAUCCCGACGAAGACUUUCUUCCACGGGCUCCCGAUCCGGAAGAAAUAAUCAUCGGUGAGGAAGAACCGGUGCCGGAACAGGGUGAAUCUGUACCGGAAAGAAACGAACCAGUGGAUAAUGCUAGUGAGUGUCGUGAAACGGAGGCGGAUACAUCGGUCGCACAGGAAGCAAAGGAAGAUACGAUCGACAAAGCGGAAGAAUGCACUGAGCACAAAUAAUAA